GUGAAAGUGAAGAACAUGAAGAAUUCUAAGAAAACGGGUGUACGGAAAUACCAAAAAUCAGAAAAUCCACGUCUGCGAUGGACACCUGAACUCCAUGAAUACUUUGUAGAAGUUGUGGAAGAGGCAACUCCAAAGAGCAUUCUGCAGAUGAUGCAUGUGAAAGGACUAAGAAUCUCUCACAUUAAAAGCCAUCUUCAGAUGUACAGGAACCUGAAGGGGCAUACGUUUCUCUCAUCAAUGCAUAAGGAGAUGGAAGGGAAUGAAGAUGGUAAAGAUCUUCCAAUGUGCUCCAAUUGUUCAUCCCAAAGAUCACAAGAAGCAAAAUUUAGGGCAUCAAAAUAUGAAAUGGGAAUUGUGACUCAAGAAAUUCGACCGUCAGAAAAUAAAGGACUUUCACAAACCAGUGAAACAGAUUACGAUCUAAAUCAGGAACCCGAAUCUUGUGCAUACAUACAUAGUGAGACGUCAAAUGAAGAAAAUAGUAGAAGAAUGAAAUUUCUUGAUUUCACAUUCUCUUUUAGCUCUCAACUAAUUCCAACCAUGCAUGGUAAUCAAGAGAGGAUGCAUUUUUCUUCACCAAAUGCAGCAGAUAAUCAUGCCAUUGAUUCUAAUUCUGUACAAUCUCAUGGGAGCAACAACUACAUAAAUUUAGACCUAUCAAUAUGAACAUGGAUCGUAUCUGUAACCAACCACGCAUUGUUUUUCUUAGGCUUAGGUUUUUG